AUGGUGACAUUUGUAAAGGAGUGCAGAGCAUGGAAAUGGCUGAAGAAGGCAAGGCAGUCCAGGACAAUGGUGCUAGUUAUUGUUUAUAUUGCACUCUUUCUGGACUAUACUUUGCUAACUGUCAUUGUACCCAUCAUCCCCAGUUUCUUGUAUGAUAAAUAUGACACAGAAAUGAAUAGCUCAGCAUCACCAAAGCAGCCUCAAGCACUGCUCUCCACUGCCUCCCCUGACCUCCCCUAUUCUAGUGGUGGUCAACUUACGACAGAGAAAACUGCAAAAACUGAAAGCAAGACUGAAGGGUUUGAAUGGAGAAACACUACAGGAGCUCCCACUCUGGGCUUGAGGCCAACUACUGGAAAGGUCCAUUGCAGCAGGAAUGAAUCAUUUUUAUCAGAGGAAAAUCUUCACGUUGGCUUGUUAUUUGCUUCAAAAGCAAUUGUGCAGCUGCUAGUUAAUCCAAUGGUUGGGCCACUGACCAACAGGAUUGGAUAUCACCUUCCAAUGUUCACUGGUUUUGUGAUAUUAUUUGCGUCAACAAUAAUGUAUGCUUUUGCGAACACCUACGCCUGGUUAUUUGCCGCUCGAGCUCUACAAGGAAUUGGCUCAUCAUGUUCCUCGGUGUCAGGUUUGGGAAUGUUAGCCAGUCAUUAUACAGAUGACAAUGAGAGAGGCAAAGCCAUGGGGAUAGUGCUGGGAGGCAUAGCCGUGGGGGUGCUCGUUGGAGCACCUUUUGGAAGUGUGAUGUAUGAAUUUGUGGGAAAGUCAGCUCCCUUUCUGACUUUGGCAGCCUUGGCUUUAAUCGACGGAGUUCUCCAGCUCUGCAUCCUUCAGCCCACGAAGGCUACUGUAGAGAGUCAGAAAGGAUCAUCACUCCUAACACUGUUAAGAGACCCCUACAUUUUGAUCGCUGCUGGAAGCCUGUGCUUCGCAAAUAUGGCCAUCGCUAUGCUGGAGCAGGCACUGCCAAUCUGGAUGAUGAAGACUAUGUGUUCUCCUAAACUGCACCUGGGUUUGGCCUUCCUGCCAUCCACCAUCAGCUACUUGAUGGGCACAAAUCUCUUCGGUGUUCUUGCCAACAAAAUAGGCAGGUGGCUGUGCUCCCUGAUUGGAAUGGUGAUUUUGGGGAUCAGUAUGAUCACUGUUCCCCUGGCAACUAACAUUUUUUUACUGAUAGCACCCGGCUGUGGAACAGGCUUUUCACUCGGGAUGAUUGAUUCCACGAUGAUUCCCAUAAUGGGGUACCUGGUGGACAUUCGUCAUGUAUCUGUAUAUGGAAGUGUUUUCGCCAUCGCUGACGUGGCACUUUGUUUAGGAUUUGCAAUCGGGCCCUCAAUUGGAGGAGCCAUUGUCAAAGCAAUUGGAUUCCAUUGGCUAAUGGUCAUCAUUGGAGUAAUUAACAUUUCCUAUGCUCCACUCUGUAUCUUCCUAAGAAAUCCUCCUACCAAAGAAGAGAAAAUGGCAAUUUUGACCCAGGACAAUUGUGUGAAUCCAAAUCUUUACACUGCUGAGAGGGACGGGCAGGAAUUCCCCAUGACUGAGGCCAGAAAUGAGGAAAGAGUAAAUUCAGAAUAA